AUGAAGGAGGACAAAAGAUGUGGACCGUUGAGUUGGUGGGAGUGGGUGGAACAGUGGCCCAGCUUGACAAGGCCUUUGCUGAGGAAAGUAGAGCCUGAGGAAAAAACAGUGAAAAAGCGAGAAAAAGUGAGGUGUCAGGAAAACACCAAGGUGGAAGUUGAAGCUGUAGAUUUUCCGACCUCAGCUGAGAGUGUAGAUCAUAUGUCUGUUCUACCAGUUAAAAUGGAAAUACAUAGUGAAGUAAGAGAUGAAAAUGUUGACAUGACAAGUUCCAGUAAAGGCAAAGAAUCUCAGAACAGCUCAAAGGAGACAGAGAAGGAAUUAAACAGUUCCAGAAAAGUUAAGAUUACCAUUAGUCCAGACAAGAUAGAUAAAUUUCUCAAGGAAAAAAAAAUACUGAAACUUCCCAGUGGUGCAUACAGUGUGAUGGAAGAUGUAUUAAAAGAAAUUGAAAGCUGUUCAAGUGAAGGCAAACAAGAACCUACUCAGAGAAACUCAAAGUCAGGUAGUGAUGCCCCAGUUCCAACUGUGGCAUUUAAGAGAAAGCGAGGUCGCCCACGGAAGGGCACCUUUGUUCCUCGCACAGUGCCAGGGAAACAGGCUGUCAACACCAAUAACGCUCAAAUUGAGGUCACAGCAGCAGGAAAAAGAAUAUUAUCAAUCAGCACCAACAAUGAAGAGCCAGUCUGUGAUAGUACAGAAGCUGGAGAAGUGGAGACAGAUGGUGAAAACAAGCCUAAACGAAAAAGACGUUCGAAGGUACUUGAUGAUUAUGUGGCUGACUUUAAUACCUCAGAUGAGGAAGAGGGAGUAUUCAACAAUAAAAUGACAAAAUUCAGUGGUCGUGGGAGAGGUCGAGGAAGAGGACGCAAGAGUGCCGCCUCUGAAGUAGAUCAUCAUGACCGGGACUUUUUUUCAAGUUAUGUAGGAGUGUUCAGUAAGAAAUUCAGUCUGCAAGAGGAUCUUCUCGAAGAUGAUACGUUUGAUGUUCAGAGUGAUAGUGAGGAAGAGUUUGGUCAUUCUGAAAGUCUCUCUGCCGUAAGAGGACUGAAUAUCUUGGAAGAAGGAAGUGGUCCAGGUUCAGGAUCAGAAAUGUCUCUCGGCCCAGAAGGGAAAACCAAAGUGCAGAUAGUCAAUACUGGUGAGACAUCUGUGGUAAAUGGCAAAGAGAACCUUAUUUACCAUGUGAUAACUACCACAGGAGGCACAUCAACAGUGACACCACUAUCAGUACCCAAGGAAGUCAGCAGUGACCACAAUGAAGAAAAUGAAGAAGUGGCAUCUACAUCACAAACAGAAAAAGGAGGAGGGGAUGCCGCAGGGCCAGGGCAAAACCUAAAGAGAGCCGCUUCAUCAAGAACGCAGAGAAUGAAGAACAAAAGGAUGGUCAGGUAG